AUGCCUCCCAAGAAAGUCGAACCCGAGGAGAAGCUCGGCCCCUGGGCCCUCGGCCGCUUCACCAGCAACCUCAAGGUCGGCCUCGUCGGUAUGCCCAACGUCGGCAAGUCCACGCUGUACAACGCCCUGUCGAACUGCUCCAUCCCCGCCGAGAACUUCCCCUUCUGCACCAUCGAUCCCAACUCGACGCGCGUGAACGUCCCCGACGAUCGCUUCGACUGGCUCGUGGACCACCACAAGCCCAAGUCCGUGGUUCAGCCCUACCUCGAGAUCGUCGACAUCGCCGGUCUCGUCAAGGGCGCCGCGGAGGGAGCCGGUCUCGGUAACGCCUUCCUCUCGCACAUCAAGGCGGUCGACGGCAUCAUCCACGUCAUGCGCGCCUUCGACGACCCGGACGUCAUCCACGUCGAAGAUCGCGUCGAUCCCGUGGACGACAUCGAGAUCAUCACCAGCGAGCUCCGCAACAAGGACCUGGAGUUCAUGAACAUGACCAAGGGCAAGCUCGACAAGGAUAAGCAGAAGGCGGCGCAGAACCCGCAGAUGGCCAAGGCGCACGCCACCGAGACGGCGUGCGUCGAGAAGGUCAUCAAGUGGCUCGAGGAUGGCAAGGAAGUUCGCAACGGGAUGGACGAGUGGUCCACCACCGACAUCGACUUCCUCAACAAGUACCAGCUCCUCACCGCCAAGCCCGUCAUCUACGUCGUCAACCUCACCAAGAAGGACUACGCGAGGAAGGCGAACAAGUGGCUCAAGAAGAUUCACGAGUGGGUCAUGGGCCACGGCGGCGGCGUCAUCAUCCCCUUCUCCGGAGCCUUUGAGGCUGAGCUCCAGGACGUGCCCGAGGAGGGCAAGGCUGAGUACGAGAAGGAGCAGGGCAUGACCUCCGUCCUUCCCAAGAUCAUCAAGACCGGGUUCAGCACCAUCCACCUCAUCUAUUUCUUCACCGCGGGGCCCGACGAGGUGAAGGCGUGGUGCAUUCGCAAGGGUUUCAAGGCUCCGCAGGCGGCGGGCGCCAUCCACACCGACUUUGAGCGCGGCUUCAUCUGCGCCGAGGUUAUGGGUUUCGACACCCUGAAGGAGCUCGGAACCGAGGCGGAGGUGAAGGCUAAGGGGAAGUACAGGCAGGAGGGUAAGACGUACACGGUGGAGGACGGGGACAUCAUCUUCUUCAAGUUCAACGUCACCGCGGCCAAGAAGAAGUGAUGA